AAAUUUUGAUUUAGUCCGGACGAAUGGCGGUGUCUUAUUCAGUUCAGUCGCAUGAUAAACUGUGCGAAAUUCGUGUGUCUAUUUUUUCCUUCCGUGUCCCACAUUCUAUCGAGCCGAGUUCGUACAGCAUGAAUUCAUAAACAAACACGCACGUUUAGCUACAAAACCGCAUUAAUCGUUGGUCGUUAUCCUUCCGGUAUAUCGAGCAGCAGCAGCAGCAGCGCUAUCUGGAUAUUUGGCACUCAGAAUUUUAAACCCUCACUGAAAAGAUGCCAUCCGAAGAGGGGCAGGUGUUCCAUCCCCAUCCUCUGGUGGCCAAGAAUGCCUAUGUAAACUCGUUCAGCCAAUACGAGCAAAUGUACAAAAAAUCCCUGGACAACCCGGAGGAAUUCUGGGGCGAAAUCGCCAAACAAUUCUACUGGGAAUCGCCCAUCGACUCCAACCGCUUCUUCCGGUUCAACUUCGACUUGACCAAAGGCCCAAUUUUCACCAAGUGGCUGGACGGUGCCACCACCAAUAUAUCGUACAAUCUACUGGACAGGAACGUCCGGAAUGGACAUGGCGAUAAAGUGGCCUACUACUGGUAAGCGUUCGUUUCGCAUUCAAUGAUCGCGCGCUCGAA